AUGAACUCUGCCAUUAUCUCUCAAAUCGCCCGUCCUGCUGCCAUCUCUAAAUCCAUGGUCCGUACUUUUGCCAGCUCUCCUGUGCGCAUGCAGUUUGAAAAGGCACACCAUCAAGUCGCUCCUUUGACUGAUUCGACUCUCUACGCUCCUCAAGGACAUGUCUCUGCUUCUUCCUCUGCCUCCAACGCCACUGCUACAUCUGCUAGUGCCAACGAUACCACUGUCUUUACUCCCUCUGUCAAUGCCGUCUUUGACGACUAA